AAAAAAAAACAACACUCAAAUAAUAACAUUACAAUAAAAAAAAUACAAAAACAAAAACAAAAACAAAAAAAACAAUCGAAUUAGAAGAACAAUACAACCUAAAUUAUUAAUCAACUUAUAACAACAACAAUAAUACCAAAACCAGAGCAUUAUCAAAAUUAAAAUAAAUACAACAAAAACUAUGAAAUCAAAACAUUAUAAUCAUACAAUUACAAUCAUAAAACAAAGCAUUAUCAAAAUCGAUUGACUGAUUAUCAUUAAAAGUACGAAUUAUUUACAUUGAUCUCCAUGAAAGAAGAGAGAGAGAAAUUUAAAAAACUAUAAUAAAAAGAAAAAACAAGAAAGAGAAAAUGAUAUCAGUGAAAAAGAAGAGAGAGAAAAUGAAGCAAAUGAGGUUUGUAAAAAUGUUUAUAUUCUUGUUUGAAUUGAAAGCAAAGAAGGAAAGGAAAAAAAAAUAAUACAAAAAGUGCUACUAGAUAAAACGACGUAGUAUAGAAAGGGGGGUGUAGGGGAAGCUGCAUACAUUAGAGUCUAGGGAAAAAUUUGUAUAUUUUCUAUUGUUUGUUUUGGACCGGCCCAUAAAAUAGAAAAUAAGUCUAGAAAAUACUUUUCCAUUGAGCCCAUAUAUUUUCCCUAAAAAAUCAAGGUAUUCCUGUUUUCCAUUGUUUCUCCUACUCGCUGCGCUCUCUCUCUCUCUCUCUCAUGCUCAAGCUCGUUGCUUCAAGAUCUGCUAUCACAAGAUUACUAUUAGUUAUGGAACCGAAGCGUGGAUUGUAUACCCAAAAAUCAUCUAAGGUAUAACUUUGCCCAAAAACCACUAUCAAAUUAAUAUACAUAUAAGUAUGCUUAACCUUUUGUUUUUUUUGAUGGAAUUGAUGUAGAUGACUAAUGAUACUAAAGGCAUUGUUAUUGGCGUUGUGGCUGCUGUUAUUGCUUGUUCUCUUGCUUUUCUUAACGAGCGUAGGUCUAAAACAAGAAGGCUAAGAAUAAUUAGGCAACCCUAUAUUAAUAGAGAUAGUGUGAGGUCGGAGAUUGUUAAUAGUGUUUUGUAUUGUGGUGAUACUCAUUGCUUGGGUCAGAUUCGUAUAAGGCCUCAAGCAUUUUUCAAUUUAUGUAAUAUUCUAGUUGAAAGAGGACUUUUGAAAGAAAAUAUUCGAAUAGGUGCUAAAGGACAAGUAAUGAUAUUUUUAUACAUUUUAGGGCAUAAUGUAAGAUUUAGGGCAGCAGGGGGAAGAUUUUUCCGAUCAAUUGGGACCAUACAUCAUUACUUUCAUGUUGUUCUUAAAGCCAUCCUUAAAUUGUACCCAGAUUUUGUCAAACCACAAGCCUCUCCUCUUCCAUCUGAAAAUCAAAACAACCCUAGGUUUUUUCCUUGGUUUGAGGAUUUCAUAGGAGUUAUAGAUGGGACACAUAUACGUGCAUAUGUCCCAAUUAAAAUGCAAGGUCGAUUUCGUGGUAGAAAGGGUGGUACAACCCCAAAAAAAUGCUAGUUGCUGUUGGUUUUGAUAUGAAAUUUACAUAUGUGCUCGCUGGUUGGGAGGGUUCUGCUCAUGACUCAAAGGUCUUGCAAGAUGUGCUCAAAAGGGGAUUUAAGGUUCCUAAUGGAAAGUAUUACCUUGUUGAUGCGGAGUAUGGUGACCGUAAAGGAUUCAUGCCUUCAUAUAGGCAUACUCGCUACCACUUGAAAGAGUUUACCAACAAUCCACCCGAGAAUGAACGUGAAUUAUUUAAUCUUCGACACUACUCACUAAGAAUGGUUGUGGAGAGGACAUUUGGAGUAUUAAAGAAGCGAUUUUGUGUCUUGGAUGCUGAGCCAUUUUGGCCGUAUGAAACCCAAGUUGAUGUAGUUCUAGCAUGUUGUGUGUUACAUAACUACCUUAGAGGUGUUGACCUAAAUGGCCCAAUUACAAGAGAAGUUGAAGUAGAGAUGACAUCACAAGAUUUACAACACAUGGGCGAAGCACAUACUCGAGGGAAACAGCGAGAAGAAAACCAACAAGUUCAAAGGAAGAGAAUGGCCAUUGCAACGGCGAUGUGGACUGUAUACAAGAAGGCUCGAAUUUGACGGGCUUAGCAUAUGCAUCUUUAGAUAAUUAGUUCAUUAAUUAUGUAUUUUGUAUUGUAUAACAGUUUAUCUUUUUAAAGAUAACAUUUUCAGUGAUUAUGUAUUUUCAGUGAUCAUAGUGACCGAUGCUGUAAAUAAGGCAUUUGCUGACUCUC